AGUUUUCUUUUUUUUUGAGCCAAUUAAAUUUAACAGCUGGUCUUGGAAAAGUUUUUUAAUUUUCACUGGUUUAUUGAAACAAUUCGUUUUAUUCGUUUGCUCACUUUCCAAAAACGAAUAUUUAAUGUUAACUUCAAUGAAAUUAUGAAAACUAAACAUUAAAGUUUCCACUUUCCGGCGUUUUAAAAACUUUUGUCAUAUAUUUAAAACAAUCAUUUUUAUUUUAAUAUUCAAAUUGAUUCAUUUUAUUUACGUAUAUAGGUAAGUGCACUCUAUCUUUUCAAAAUACUGAUAAGAAUCAGAUAACUUGUUGUUUUCAUUUAGCUCUGGAGGGUUAAAGAGUAAGCAUGAUUCGGAGCUAUCUUAGAGCGUCCGAAGCCUUGCGAACAAAUCUUUCUAAUUCAACUGUUACAAAUCCUCAUCUAAUAGACAAAACAGUAUUUGAUUAUGUUAUAGUCGGUGCUGGGUCUGCUGGCUGUGUUCUUGCUAAUAGACUAAGUGAGGACGGAAAGAGGACGGUUUUGAGUAUUGAAGCAGGACCCAAGGACAGCAGCUGGAAAAUUCGUAUGCCAGCAGCUUUGAUGUACAAUUUAUGCGAUGACACAUACAACUGGUAUUAUCAUACUAUUCCACAGAAAAAUAUGAAUAACAGAGUUUUUUAUUGGCCCCGUGGAAGAGUUUGGGGUGGUUCAUCUUCCUUAAAUGCUAUGGCUUAUGUUAGAGGUCAUAAAAACGACUAUGAUUCAUGGAAAGGUGGAUGGAAUUAUGAAGAUGUGCUGCCUUACUUUAAAAAAGCUCAAUGUCAUGAAUUAGCCAAGCCAAAUGACUACUAUAGAGGCUCUACUGGUCCAUUACAUGUUAGUUGUGGAAAGUUAAAUAAUCCUCUCUAUGAGGCUUGGAUACAGGCGGGAAUUGAUGCAGGCUUGCCUUAUACAGAUGACAUGAAUGGUGAGCAACAAGAGGGUGUUGGAAAAAUGGAUAUGACAAUUCGUAACGGGGAGAGAUGGAGUGCAGCAGAUGCUUAUUUGAAGCCUGCUCUAAAGAGGAAGAAUGUGUUUGCUGUAACGAAUUGUCUAGUAAAUAGAGUGCUGUUUGAAGGAAAAAGAGCUGUUGGCGUUGAAUUUCUUGUUGAUAGAAAACAUAAGGUAUCCGUAAGAGCUAGAAAAGAGAUUAUCUUGAGCGGAGGAGCAAUUAACUCUCCGCAAUUACUUUUGCUAUCUGGCAUCGGGCCGACUGAACAUCUGAAAGAGCAUGGUAUUGAAGUGAAGCAGGAUUUACCAGGGGUUGGUCAGAAUCUUCAAGACCACUUAGAAAUGUAUGUUCAGUACAGCUGCAAGGAAAACAUCACACUGUAUUCCUACCAAUGGAAAUUUCCCCAUGUUAUGAUCAGAGCAGGUGCAGAAUGGUUUCUAACAAAAUCAGGUCCAUGCGCUAGUUCUCAUUUAGAAGUGGGAGGUUUUGCCAAAACGGAUGAUUCGGUUUCACAUCCCAACGUACAAUGGCACUUUCUACCAUCGACUGUUGUGGAUCAUGGAAGAAAAAUGGGAGACAGACACGCAUUUCAAGCUCAUGCUGGAACUAUGAGACCACUUUCUCGAGGUUCUCUCAAAUUGAGAUCGAAAAAUCCGUUCGAUCAUCCUAUCAUAGAUGCGAACUAUCUAAAGGAAGAAUUUGAUUUAGUAGAAUUGCGCGAGGCUCUAAAAUAUACUAGGAGAAUAUUCCAACAAAAAAGUUUUGAUUCAUUCAGAGGUGAAGAAUUACUCCCAGGGAAGCACAUUGAUUCAGACAAGAAAAUUGAUGAUUUCAUCAGAAACAAAGCAGAUACAGCUUAUCAUCCAUGCUCAACAUGUAAAAUGGGAGAUGAUAGCUCAAGUGUUGUUGAUUUUAAUUGCAAAGUUCACGGGAUAGAAGGACUAAGAGUAGUUGAUUCUUCAAUUUUUCCAUCUAUGAUUAGUGGUAACCUUAACGCACCAACAAUAAUGUUGGCAGAAAAAGCGUCUGAUCAUAUCUUGGGAAAACUUAAUUAUAUCUAA